CCAAGUCCAAGAUCAAAUCCAAAUGUACGAAAUGGAAAUCCAUGAUCUGCCAAGAACAGGGUCAUCAAAUCGAUCUAAUAUUGGUACUAAAUUGAAUUUUGCCCGAAUGAAAAUUUUGACUUGAUCAAAUCAUGUUAUUCAACAUAAAAACGGUCGCAAGAAGAUUUCGAUGUUAUGGUCGCACUAUCAUUCUAUUCACAGAAAAUGUCCACAGGAGUACGGCUUUGAUAUUAAUUACUACACGCAUUCAGGACGAUUAUAGCGUACAACUUCAGGAAGACCUUGCUCUGCCAACAAUUUCGACUCACCAAUUGCAAUCGAAAAGAGGAAAGAAAAACAAGUAGAAACUGCCACAGUAAUUACUUUUUCCAAGACCCUCACCACGCGUACAAUCCUAGUCGUCCUCGUAACAAGCGAUUAAUAGACAGAAAGAAAUUCCAACAAGAUGGCACACAAGUUUCUAUCCUCUGUCCCAUCCAUCUAUAAGGAUGGCGCGGGCGAAGACAAGGGAGAUGUGGCGCGACUGCAGGCCUUCAUCGGGGCGAUCGCCAUCGGAGAUUUGGUGAAGUCCACCCUCGGUCCCAAGGGAAUGGACAAGAUUCUGCAACCGUUGCCGGGCGAAGGUGCCAGCAAAGAGACGACUGUGACCAAUGACGGCGCCACUAUUCUUUCCCGUGUCUGGGUCGACAAUCCCAGCGCAAAAAUUUUGGUCGACAUCUCCAAGGCGCAAGACCAAGAGUGUGGCGAUGGAACGACGUCCGUCGUGGUUCUUGCGGCAGAGCUUUUGCGGCAAGCGGAGCAACUUGUGCAGCAGCGCAUGCACCCGCAGGUGAUCAUCAAAGGGUACCGCAUCGCCCUGGAAGCGGCGCGCAAGCGACUCGAGGAAGUCGCUUUUGACAAUGGCAAGGACGAAGCCAAACUGCGCGCAGACUUGAUCAAGAUCGCGGAGACGACGUUGUCGUCGAAGCUGUUGAAACACGAGAAGACGCAUUUCGCCACGCUAGCGGUUGACGCCAUCUUGCGCUUGAAGGGACGACCGAACCUCGACUACAUUCAGGUUUUGAAGAAGGCCGGUGGUGCAGUGAAAGAGUCCUAUCUGGAGCCGGGUUUCAUUCUGGAAAAACGCAUCGGUGUCGGCAUGCCGAAGAAGAAGGAGGAUUGCAAGGUCCUGGUGGCCAACACUCCCAUGGACUCGGACAAGAUUAAGAUCUUUGGCAGCCGCGUCAAGGUCGAGUCUCUGGAGGCGAUGGCGGAAAUCGAACGGGCGGAGCGGGAAAAGAUGAAGCGCAAGUGCGACAAGAUCGUGGCUACGGGGUGCAAUGUUUUCAUUAACCGUCAGCUCAUCUACAACUACCCCGAGGAGCUGCUGAAGCAGGCCGGCAUCACGUGCAUCGAGCAUUCGGAUUUUGACGGCACCGAGCGGCUCGCGGCCGUCCUGGGUGGCGACAUCGUCAGCACCUUUGACGACGCCGAAAACAUCAAACUGGGCACUUGCGAGCUGAUCGAGGAGAUCAUGAUCGGGGAGGACAAGGUGAUUCGCUUCAAGGGGUGUGCGGAAAACGAAGCCUGCACGAUCGUGCUCCGGGGUGCUUUAUCAAAUGCAAAUAUGUCUGCGUCUGGAAGGGUCUGAAAUUGUGAUGCUACCUUUGGACUCCACAAAAAUCUGUAUUGCAUGAGCAGCAAAGGGAAUGUAAUUUUUGCUACGCGGAGAGGGCAUUUGUCAUGCGGGAGAGGCAUCAAGAAGCCCUCAAAAAGUCUGUGAUGCUAGGGCAUGCAUCACAGACAUCAGGGCUCAUGCAAAACGUGCAUGACAAAGAUAAUAUUAGUGCCCGGGGAUGAAGAUAUACUCGCGAUACCUUUCGCGGUUCUGACCCUAGAUCUCCUGCGGCCGUAGCUGCUUGCGGCGACGGUGCAAAGGUUUUCGAUGUGGUGCAGUCGGGUAUGCAUGACAAAUCUCAGAAUCUUGAUCUUCCAGACCCAGACAUAUUUGCAUUUGAUAUGCUUCCACGCACGUGUUGGACGAAGCCGAACGGUCGCUGCACGACGCCCUGGCGGUGUUGUUCCAAACCGUGACGCAAGAUACCCGUGUGGUGUGCGGGGGCGGGUGCUGCGAGAUGGCCAUGUCCCGGGCGGUGCUGCAGGUCGCCGCGGAGGUCGGCGGCAAGGAGUCCGUUGCGGUCGAGGCUUUCGCCAAGGCGCUGGUCCAGAUUCCGAUGAUUCUCAGCGAGAACGCCGGCUUCGACGCUCAGGAGAUCGUGGGAGAGCUCAAGAAGUCUCACGCGACCGGCAACGCGUUCGCGGGGAUCAACGUGAUGGAGGAAAGCGUCGCGGACAUGCGACCGUUGGGCAUCUACGAGUCGUACCGGUCGAAGCUCAGCGGGCUUUGCUCUGCUGCCGAGGCCGCGGAGCAGGUGAUCCGCGUCGACGACAUCAUCCGCAACGCACCCAGACAGCGGCAAGGCAUGUAAGUAGGUGGCGUUGAAAUGAAAGUGCCGUUUAUUUGGACGAAAUUUUUUGAAGGUAGACCACGUAUUUGCGGACCGUGCAGUUCUUAGUACUCACACAACUCCCUCUAACCGAAGGCGAUGAAAGCGAAGACAUUCGUUUUCUGACCUGUGGUUUGGAGAAAAAAUACAAAAACCGAACAAAAACAUGAACGACUACCACGGGCACGGUAGGGCAGUGCAUCACGAGCAAAAUGGUUCACAUUCACAUUGAACCAUUGUGAAAGCUCUCAACAUCUUCACGACAGCAGUGCGGAAACAAAAAGCAAAAAAUAAAAAACCAAAAAACGAAAAAAAUCAACCCUUCUU